AUGGACGCUUUGGGCAGAUCUAUUCCAACCCUCCUCCAGCUUGCUUCUCGAGCCGUCAACGAGAGCGAGUCCGGCAACAAGUCUCCUCAAGAUUUCGCAAAGGAAGGCCGAUACAACUAUGUUCCAUCAUUUGCCGCGUCGGUCAUUUUUCUCGUGCUGUAUGGUGCUGCAUCGAUCACGAAUCUGGGCAUGAUGUUCUGGCACCGAUCCUGGUUUUGGUGGUCCAUGAACUUUGCGGUGGCUAUGGAGUUUGUUGGAUAUCUGACUCGAUCUAUUUCCAUCAAAAAUCUCGAUGGCAAGAGCGUCUUCAUCGUCCAGACUGUUAUGAUUCUCGUCGCGCCCGCCGUGAUGGCGGCAGCCUGUUAUAUGGCGUUCGGCCGGGUCGUGUUAUGGGUGGUCCCUCCACGCUUUCAGACAGCUCGCCAUCUGUGGGUGCCUGCACGCAGGAUCACCCCCGUGUUUGUAGGAUCGGAUGUCUUCAGCUUCUUUGUGCAGGUCAUUGGAGGCGCCAUGGUCGCCGGAGCAAACACGAAAGAGCACGCAAACACCGGGAAAAACGUGGUGCUGGUCGGACUGGGUUUACAGUUGGCAUCAUUCGGCUUCUUCGUCUUCGCCGCCCUGCGACUCAACGUCCUGCUGAGGACCACGCUUCGAGAUGUGUCACUACCGAAGGAGCGCAACUGGCAGUUGUUCUUGACGGUGAUCAACGUGGCCAAUGUAUUGAUUCUGAUUCGGACGCUGCUUCGCUUCAUCGAAUUCGUCUUGGGGACGAGCAAUUACCUCAUCGAUCACGAGUGGUUCUUCUAUGCCUUUGAUUCGGCGCUGAUGUUCCUUGUGGUGAUUGUCUUCAUUGUCGUUCACCCAGGCCAUUAUUUGCCAUAUCUGGGGAUUAGGAGAAGGGAACAACAGUUCUCAAGGAAUGCAGACAAGGGCCCUUUUGCUAAGCUUUCGCAGGGCCACAUGACGCUGGAGUUGUCCUGA